AUGCCACAGUACUACCAGGGCUUUCCCGAGUUCAAGCGCCGCCGCGCAGACCUGGCAAGCCGCGCGCUCUCCCUGCUCCGCGCCUGCCAGCCGCUCGUGCGCCGCGCCCCUGCCGCCGCAGCCGCCGGCCCGGGACCCGUACCGACCGAGGCCGGCGUCGGCGGCGGCCGGGACGCGGAGGAUGGCGGCCCUGAGAAAGGGGAGGACGAGGAGGAGGAGGACGAGCGCGCGGCGGCGCUGGCUGUCGAAAUCGCGGACGACUGCCUCGAGCGCGCCGACCGAUCGCUGGACGCCGCAGCCGACCUCAGAUCAGAGGCGUCCGCGCUGCCCCCCAUCCGCGGCCUCGGCCCUCUCGGCGCCGCCGGCGCCUCCGGCGUGGCCGUCGCCGGCGGCAGCGGCGGCCUGCAGCGCUACACCGCCGCGCUGCCGCGGCCGCAGGACGCGUUUACGCAGCCGGUAGACAACAGCAACCGCCCCUUCGUCCCCCGCCCCGCCGCCCCUGGCCGCGCGGCGGCGGUGGCGGCUGCCGCUGCCCGCGGCGCCGGCGGAGGCGACGAGCCUGCCGUGCACCCCUUUGCUGCUGAGCUGGAGUCGCUCACCUACGAGCCCUGGCAGCUGGAGGCUCCAGAGCCAGAGGCGCCGGCCGGGCUGGACGCGGCGCCGUGCGCGUGGGUGGACACGCCGGCGGCGCUGGCGGAGAUGGUGGAGGGGCUGAGGGGGGCGCGGCAGGUGGCCCUGGACCUGGAGCACCACUCCUACAGGUCGUUCCAGGGGUUCACUUGCCUGCUGCAGGUCUCCACGCGCAGCCAGGACUGGGUGGUCGACGCGCUGGCCCUGCGCGCGCAGCUGGGUCCCGCGCUGGCGGGCGUGCUGUCCGACCCGGCGGUGGUGAAGGUGCUGCAUGGCGCCGACAGGGACGUGCUGUGGCUGCAGCGCGACUUUGGGCUAUACAUCGUCAACAUGUUUGACACUGGCCAGGCCGCCCGCGUUCUGGGCAACCCCUCCGCCAGCCUCGCCGCCCUGCUGGCGCGCACCGCCGGUUUCUCCGCCGACAAGCGCUUCCAGCUCGCCGACUGGCGCGCGCGGCCACUGAGCGCCGCGAUGCUGGCCUAUGCUCGCGCGGACACCCACUUCCUGCUGCACGCGCACGACGUGCUCAAGCGUGAGCUCGCCGCCGCAGACGCGGCCGGCGCGCGCGUGCCGGCCACGUACGCGGUCCCGCUGCCGCCGCACGUCUUGCAGCCUGCCCAGCCGCGGGGCGGCGGCGGCGACGGGGAGGCGGCGGCGGCGGCGGUCGGGCCAAUGAUGGCGACAGUGCUGGAGCGCAGCCGCCAGAUCACUCUGAAGCUGUACGAGAAGGAGCUGCUGACGUCAUCAAGCGCGUCGGAGGCCGCCGCCCGCUGGGGUGUCCACGGCCUGUCCGCGCCGCAGCAGGCGGCGUUCGCGUCCCUGUACGCGUGGCGCGACGCGCUGGCGCGCGCGCUGGACGAGAGCACUGGGUAUAUAUUGCCCAGGGGACAGCUGUCUGAGCUGGCACGCGCGCUCCCGCGGUCGGCGGCGGAGGUUCGGCGAGCGCUGGGCCACCACGGCGCGCCGCCGGCGGUCGCGCGGGCGGCGGAGCUGGCCGGCGUGAUCGCGCGGGCACGCCAGCAGCAGCAGCAGCAGCGGGGGGCGGGGCAAGAGGCGGAGGCGCCGCCGCAGCAGCCGGCAGACGCGCUGGCCGUCACCAGUGGUGCUGCAGUGGCUGCUGGCGUGACGGCUGGCGAGCCUACGAUCCCCCCGGCUGCAGCGACCCAAACCCUAGUGGCAAAGGCAGUAGCUCCGUUGGCGCUGCGGCGGCCGGGCGGCGGCAUGCGGCUCGGCUCGUCGGCCACCACACAGCCUGUUGGUGCCACAGGGGGUGCGACAGCAGCAUCACCGGCAGCUGGGCAGGAGGUUGCGCAGGCGGCGCUGCAGCAGCGGCCUGCUCUGGGCAUGGCCAGGGGCAGGCCGUCAGGGAUGGCUGCCCUUAUGGGGAACCGCCGCCAGCCUGUGCAGCUGCAGGCGCUGCUGCGUCCCUCAGCUGUUGCUGGGCAGCAGCAGCAGCAGCAGCAGCAGCAGCAGCAGCAGCAGCAGCAGCAGCAGCAGCAAUCGGGGCAGCAGCAAGAGGACAAGGCUGCCUCCCUGAGAGCCUCGUUUGUGCUCCCUUUCAUGGCGCCUGCCGCGGCGCUGCCCGCAGCAUCUGAGGCGCGAGAGCAGCCUGCCGUGCCCCAGGGCGAAGGCGAGAGCGGCGGCGGCAACAAGAGGGAGGAGGAUGGGGGCGGCGAUGCGCCCAUGCAGCAGGCGACCGCUGCGGAUGUGCGUGCAGUGGUGGACGCACUGCGGGCCUCGGGGGCGGCGGAAGAGGAGGGGCCAGGACGGCAGCAGCAGCGGAGGGGAGGACAGUGA